GUAACAGCUGACUUGUUAUCAAGCCUGAUCUGCCAUAAAGAAAAUAAGUUUUAUAGUUAACCAUUAACAUCACACGACUUUAACCCUGAAAGACCGCGGAAGAGGACAUCAUCUCAACGACACAAAGUUCUCCCCCAAACACGACAGACAGCAGAGUGGUGAAAAUGAGUGACAUAGAAGAUGAUAGUGAAAUAUUCUUCUCAGUUAAAUUUUUGGGUCGUAUCCAGGUGGUCCGUCCUAGUGGGAUGCAGAUUCUGACAGAUGCAGUAGAAGCCCUGCAGGAUCCUAACAUUGAGAUGGGCGAGAAAAUGAAGAAAACUAAAGUACAUCUGUUUCUGACCAGAACUGCCAUUGAUAUUCUAGAGCAUAAAACCAAGUUCAUGCUGUACUCCUGCGCACUGCCCUCAGUUUCAUUCUGUGCAGUACAUCCGUCUCAGCCCAAAACACUGGGCUUCGUGGCCAAACACCCAGCGGCAGACAUGUACCACUGCUACAUCUUCCAGAGCAAGAAGUUUUCCCAUCUGCUGGUGUCCAUCAUUGGUGACUCCUUCCGUGCUUAUAAGCAGAAUGAUGGUCUACUGGGUGAUCGAGACCUGGUGGUGGAGGCCCUGAGACACAAGAAUAAGGUGCUGGAGCGAGAAAAUGCAGAGCUGAAGAGGAGACUGCAAGCCAAUGGAGAAACACAGAUAUUUCUCUUACAGAAUACUGGUGGAGUCCAGAACAUUUUUGAGAAUGAGUCGGAUAUUGAUAAAAUGUCAUCUCGAUCAGGGCAGUCCACAUCACAGGUGAGAUUCUUUUCAGAAGAUGAUGAAACUCCUUUGCAGAUGAAUUUCUGAGUGGAAACAAGUAAAGUCAGAUAAAUACUCAAGAAAUAAGUCCUGAAACAUCAUCAACACCUCCAGCGGAUGUGAUUACACUGAGUUCAACAUGAACUAUUAUUUCUAGGAACAUCAAAACAAUAUAAUUAGCCUAUUAAAAAAGAUUAAAUUUAAGAUUAAUCUGUGAACAGUAAAAAAAAAAAUGAUGAAUUGUGUUUUGUUGUUAUAAGGCAGUUGUUUCCAACUCAAGUAAAUCACUUUUUAUCCUGACAGCUGGCCUAUGAUAUGUAACCUAUCAUAUUAAUGUAUAUGUAUACUUUGUUAUGAUAAUCUUCCAUUGCAUAACUAUUAAAAUCAUCA